CCGCUGGGAGAGCGGAGUGGAGGGGACGCGCAGCCGCCCGGCCCGUGGUUGUGCGCCCAGCCUGGUGGUGGGGUACACCUGCCUCUGCUCACCCCAGCGCCGGGGGCAGCGCCCCACAUGGGCUCCGCCGUGCCUCCCCCCGCACGCUUCUGUCGGACUUGUUUACGGAGGAAUCCGCGGGCUCCGCUCCGUUUCGUGUUGGGUAAUCGCUGCGCGCGGGCAAAGAGAAAUUCCGUUGGUGUAUUUAACCUUGUUUCCUGAGAGAGAGAGACCUAUUUUCAGUCAUUCCAGUGACUUGAUGCUAAGAAUUUACAGAGCUGAGUCAUAUGUUGGCCUCCGAGAAUAUAAAACAGCCAUAGAAGAUCUAAAUUUUGUUAUUUCUAAAAUGCCAAAUUGGCCAGAGGUCUACUUCCAGAAAGGAAAAGUGCUGCAAGACUCUGGCUUUGUUGGUGAUGCCUUACAACUGUUUUUACAGUGCUUAGCUCUUGAUGAGGACUUUCUUCCAGCCAAGCUAGAAGUAGAAAAGAUAUUGUGUGAUGUUUUGUCACCAGAGAAGUUAGGUGAGAGUCUGAAGGAAUCUGCUUGGAAUUCACCCCAUAUUAGAAAUAAACCUUUUAUACUUGGUUCUGAAGUGACUGCAUCUUACAGCAACUUACAGCUUUGUCCUCUGCAGAGUUUAGGAGGAUCAGAUGUACUGGAGCCUGUGAGUGGAGGCUUAAAUCGUGCACAGUCUGCCCAUGCUCUUAACUCAACAAAAGACCUUGCCAAGGAAGAUGGCUUAAAGAGAGUGUCUUCUGAACCCCUUCUCUCUGGCCAGGGAAAAGGUGCUUUGUUAAAAAGAAAGCUUUCCUUUUCAGAACAGGAUACAGUUGUAUGUGAAGAUGGAAGAAACAAACACAAAAAGCAAGGAGAAAGUACAAAAAGGGACAUGACACUGGCUUGUGGAACAAUCCCAGGGGAUUUGAUUGAUGUAUCAGAUUUUGAGUGCUCUCUAUGUAUGAGGCUAUUCUUUGAGCCCGUAACAACCCCUUGUGGACAUACUUUUUGCAAAGGUUGUUUGGAACGGUGUUUAGAUCAUGCUCCACAGUGUCCACUCUGUAAGGAAAGCUUGAAAGAGUACCUUGCAAGCAGAAAAUACAGUAUCACAGAACUGCUGGAGGAAUUAAUAAUGAAAUAUUUGUCUGAUGAAUUAUUUGAGAGAAAAAGAAUUCAUGCUGAAGAAACUGCUGAACACUCCAACUUGACCAAGAAUGUUCCAAUGUUUGUUUGCACUAUGGCAUAUCCUACUGUGCCUUGCCCUCUACAUGUAUUUGAGCCAAGAUAUCGACUUAUGAUUCGCAGGAGUAUGGAAACUGGAACUAAACAGUUUGGGAUGUGCAUAAGUGAUUCUCAAAAUGGUUUUGCAGAUUAUGGUUGCAUGCUGCAAAUUAGGAACGUUCAUUUUCUACCUGAUGGACGGUCUGUUGUUGAUACAAUUGGUGGAAAGAGAUUCAGAGUUCUACGGAGAGGGAUGAAAGAUGGUUAUUGCACUGCAGACAUUGAAUAUUUGGAAGAUGUUAAGGUUGCUGAUGAAGAAGAACUAAAGAAAUUGAGAGAGCUUCACAAUUUCGUUUACAAUCAGGCCUGCAGUUGGUUCCAAAACCUAAGAAACAAAUUUCGCAGUCAAAUUCUUCAGCACUUCGGACCAAUGCCUGACAGGGAGGAAAAUAUACAGGCAAUGCCCAAUGGUCCUGCUUGGUGUUGGUGGCUUCUAGCUGUUCUCCCAGUAGACCCCAGAUACCAGCUGUCAGUUCUCUCCAUGAUGUCUUUAAAAGACCGUCUGAUAAAGAUCCAACAUAUACUCACCUAUUUUUCUAGAGACCAGUCCAAGUGACUAACCGCCUGGGUCUUCCUGCAAAGUUACUCUGUUCUGGUUGUAGUAGCAGCUGGAAUUUUUGCUGCCUUUGCACAUCUAGCACUGGUUUGAGAAGUGUAAUGGAACUGUUUUUUCUCUCCACCCUCCUGGCUUCCUGAACCACAUGGUUCAUUGGAUGCACACUUUCUUCAACUAUGAGAGAAGACCACUGACAAUUGCACAAAGUCAAUCCAGCUAGAUAUGUUUUUCACGUUAUCUACAUUAAAAUUUGCACUAUGUAGAAAAGAACUUUUUGAGACUUGAUCAUUUUAGCAAUUGACUUUUCUAAGCUGUGGAAGUGCAGGACUUAAGGCUGACAGUCCAAGUUUACAACAUUGAGGAGGUAAUAAAGGUUUUGCAAAUGUUUGCCUCAAACAACUGUUUUUUGCUGUUUGCACAAAUAUUUGAAAUAUAGUAUUGAAUGUCACAGUUGGAUAUUACUACUCUUGUUUAACUAUCUUGACCAUGAAUAUGGCACAGAUUUUUUAAAGCUAUCUUGUAAACGUAUGCAUCACGAAACUGGUGACAUGAACUGUAUGCUGAACUGAGAGCCAACUUUAAGGAACAAAUGCAGAAAAAAAAGGUACUUCUGUCUAAAAAUACUUAAACUGUGAAUAUGGUUUACAUACCUAGGCCUGUACAUUUUGAAGAGGAAACUGAAAUCUAAAUGCUAGUACAUUUCUACUGGGCUUUUCAGGCUGUUCUUCCAGAGCACACACUUAGUUUGUAGAGCUUAGAAGAAGAGAUCUUAGAGUGUGCGUGCGUGUGUCUAUCAGGGAUUGUGCAUCCAGGAUUCAAAAGCUUAAAGUUUUAUUUGAACUUUUUAAGUUGGUGCAAAUGUGAGUUCUAUGCCUUAUUCAUAUAAAUAGUAGAGCACACUGCAGUGGCAAGGUUAGCAUCAUGCUGCCAAUAGGUACUUUUUGUAAUUAAAGGUUUGCAUAUUUGUGAAUAUGUCUGAUACUGGCUUUCUUGUAUGUAAAUCAUUUGUAAAAUAUUUC